AUGACAGUGGCAAUGUGUGAACAACAACAAUUUAUAACCAUAAAAGAAAAUGAUGAUUGUUUAAAAGGAAAUAGGAAUGACAAGACAGACAGUUGGGAUGGAAAUAGAAUCACUAUUGAAAAUUUAACAAUACGUUUCGGUUCAUUCAUUUUCGUUCCAUUUACUUUAAUUUUAACUUUUAAUACUUUUAUAGGAAAUCAACCAGCCAACAAUAAUGUCGAUGAUGAAAAGGGUGGAUUGACACUUGUAGAUUAUUAUACAUGGACACAAAAAAGACAAAAAGUAGACACUUUUGGUUAUAAAUAUAAUAUCAAGAAUAUUUUUGGAAUUCGAAAUAAUAACUAA